CCUGUUUAACAGAUGGGGAUAGUGUGACUUCGGCCUGGCGGCCGCUAUCAAAAAUCGCAGCUCUCUGUCCGGGAUUGGCCACUUCUAUCAUGACCCGCUCCACCACCCUCUUGCUCGCGCUCACGGUCCUCCUCUGCGUCGGCACGCUCAUGCUGCACGUGCACCUCAGUGGGCUCGGCGCAGUGCCCUUUCACCCGCAACACCACUCGAACACGACCACUUUGCCCUCCACGACUCUGCCGUCGGCUCGCCACGCCUACAUGCUCUACGCCACCAACGACAUCACCGCUUGCAAUGCGCUCAUCAUGGCCAAGAACAUUCGCCGGCUCGGGACGCCGGCCCACAUUGACAUUGUCGUGCUCGCGACGACCACGAUCGCAAGCAGUACGCACGCUGCGCUGGCCGCCGGCGGACUAGUCGUCGUGCCCGUCGAGCCGUGGAUGCAGCCGAACGCGCCCCACGACACGUGGUCGGCGUCGCUCACGAAACUGCGGAUCUUUCAAGAGCGCGGCUAUGACCGCGUGAUUUACAUCGACUCGGACUCGUGGCUUGAGCGCAAUCUGGACCACUUGUUUACGCUGCGCGAAGCCGUGUUUUGGGCGCCGCGCGCGUACUACCAGUCCAACCAGCCAUUUGUGGGCUCGACCUUGCUUGUCUUGACGCCGUCGAAUGCGCUCUUUGCGCAGCUCGAGGUCGGGAUCGCGGCGCACCCGAGUGACGAGUGGUACGACAUGGACGUGCUCAAUAUUGUCUGGAAGGACUUGUACGGUAUGCUCCCGAGCCACUACGUCAUUUUGAAUGCGCACAUCAACUCGAACGACACGUUUGGUUUUGCGAGCGCCGACGAGCGACGCGCGAUGACGUACGUGCAUCACUUUUCUGAAAUGACCAAUGGCCGGUAUGGCAAGCCGUGGACGCGCGGCCGUGUCCGCGACGAGGUCAACCCCGCGUGGCAUCCGCAUUUCUACGAGCUCUUCGACUUGUACUGGGCUGCCCACGACGAGUAUUGUACAUGGAUGCGAUAGUUGAAUAAGGACAUCAAUAGAUAGACUGCUAGACGUGCUCAAUGUGGUGCAGUUUGCUCCAUAUCGCCUACAGCAAACCUUCGUAGUCGUGGAGUGUGGUUGCCUACAUCGAACGCGAUCGGUCGCG